GGAAGCCGCAAGUCCGGAAACUAACAAGCGGCCAAGAAGCGUCUUGGGCGAAUAGUACUGGUGCAGCUUCCAAGGAUUGCAUCAUGGAUAAGUUUGUCAUACGAAAAUCUAGAACUGAACAACAACCCAAGGAGAAAGAUCCUGAAGAAAAGGUUUACAAGCAAGCCACCAUAGAGUCUCUGAAGAGAGUUGUGGUCAUUGAAGAUCUAAAAAGAUGGAAAUCUAUGCUAGAGCUUUCAGUUCAGUCAAAGGAAAAUAUAAUUGAGGCCUUAAUGGAAUUAAGGAAGAAAAUACCCUCCAGGGAAAUUUUACUUUCAACAAAAAUAGGUCAUACAGUGAAUAAGAUGCGGAAGCAUCCAGACGAGGAUGUGGCCACUCUUGCCAAAGUUGUGUAUACAGAGUGGCGAACAUUCAUCAAACAACAUUCAAAUAGACCCUCAAUUGCAGUGAGGAGUGAUCCCAAAACGGAGGCCAUUAGACAGAAUGCACGGAAGCUUCUUGCUGAAGUUCUAGAAGUGGAGAUUGGUCACCCGCUGGUGGAAAAUAUUGAGCAAGAAGCUUUUCAUCUCUCUUCCCGUCUCAUUAAUGCACCCUACCGGAGGACUGUUCGAGCGCUCGUAUUCACUUUAAAGCACAAGCCUGAAAUUCGUGCCCAAGUGCAAAGUGGUGUGUUACCACUUAGCACACUUGUGCAACGUCACAAAAAGUGAUUCAAAGUGCCUGGUGCAGAAUGGGAAAGGGGACUGUGGGUUGGUAUAACUGACAGAAGAGUCAGAACCUCUGCUAUUUCAUGAAUGACUACGAUACUAACAUGCAUGGUUCAGGAGUAGAAAAGGAACACAAAUAAUACGUAAAGCCUGUUGGAGGCGAAGCCUUCUUUUAAUCGAAAUGAUAGUGUCUACUCCAGAGAGUAAACAGGAACAAGGAAAGGAAAUCCUGUGCUUAAUUUCAUAACAGCCUGAAAAGUCACUUAUCGGAAAGAGACCUAGUCUUAGUGAAAGACUCUCUUCCCUGUACAGUGUAUGACAUAAACCUGCAAAGGCUGUGUAGUAUCUUUAGGAAAAAACCUCUGGUAACAAAACAUAAAGGAGCCACAGUGGGUUUGUGAACUGAAAGUUUUCCCCAGCACAUGAGUUGCUUGUUCGUUGCACACUUGCCCAGCAAUUCCCUGCUCAACGUUCACAUUUAAUUAGCUAAAGAAUCAGGGUCAAGAAUUGACCUUCCACAAGGAGAAAAGCUUCACCCACCCAAUUUUUCCUUUAUCACACACAUGCAUGCAGUUCACUCCAGCAGGGGCUCCUGACUCUCCAUGUAGAAUUUUGAGGGGGUUGCAGGGGCUGCUGUGAGAUGAGAGUUGCUUCAUGGGAGCUGCUUCAUGCACUAUAAAUCUGGAUUGAACCUUUGCAUUCUUUAGUAACUACAAGCAGAAUGGUGAGUUUACAUUAAAAUGUUGUUUAGUUAAACAUAGUAACAUAUUUUUCUUCUACAGCCUAAUAAAAACAAGAAUUGUAAGGAGAUUUUUGAAGGACAUUAAGAUCCCCAUAUCUGCUGAUUCAGUUACCGGAUUUUCACUUAACCAUGGUUGACCUUGGUUCAAAAGAGAAGUUGUAAAAUUCUGUAAAGUGCUUUCUUUAAGUGAAAAUUCUUGAUUUGAUAGGAAAAGAAAAACAAUUGUGCACUGGUGUUCCCAACACAGUGUAUUUGUUGGGAAAGUCCAAGUAAAUCCUCAUAUAAAAAGAUAUGUGCUUUAAUAUAAAAUCUGGCAGCAGUGCCCUUGCUUCUUCCCCAAAAAGGACCUAGAACUUUUCACAAAGCUCCACUUACCUGGGAAAAGCAGGCAGCCUCGGGGCUCCAUUAUUCAUGCAUUUCUUUGUAGAAUCAGGCAAGCCAUCUGGGAAGCUGCACUUCCUUUCCAGUGUAGUAAUAGUUAGGCAGCCCACCUUUGCCUUAAGGAAUUCUGCAUCCCUGAUUGCAAAACCCACAACAUUUAAAACUUGUUGGAUUUCUGUAACUCCUGAUUGUUUUAUCUGUUACCCAAGCCUUCCAUGGGUCAUGAAGUUUUUCUUGAAUGCCUAUAAUGAUUCCUCAGUGUUUCUGUAUUAUUCCCCAUUGUCCUCACCUUCUCAUCCAUUCAGAAUCUCAUCACCACCCUGAAACUGUGUAUGUGUCUCACAACUUAUAAAAAAACUCUGUGCUCUGGAAGCUUGUAGUUGGUGGGCAUAAACUUUGUCUCUGCAGAGGGAUUUUCCUGAGUGUUCUCACAAAUAAAACUGCUGAGAUUUGAGGUGAUGGCAUCUCCCUGAGGAUCCAAGUAUCCAUUCUCGUGGGCUGAUAAACUGGGAUUCUCUGACUUAUAGAAAGAAUGAAUUUUCUAUUUGUGAAAUUGUGAAAAAAUAAAUGUAUAUGUACAGUA